AUGAGCGAAUCCGCUGAAAAUGUGGACUCUGCGCGAGGUGGCCUCGCAUGUCAGAAUUGCAGACGGAGGAAGAGAAAGUGCGAUCGUCAAGUCCCCCGUUGCGGUUCGUGCAUAAGACGGGGUCUGGACUGUGUCAUGCAAGUCAUCAAGAGCAUCGAUGGACAAGAAGGAGCUGUUCAAAGUCUCGAAAAAGAAAUAUCGAACCUCGAAGCUCAGCUAUCACGGCUACAGACCACUGCACCAGCACUCCAUUCAACACCCGCCGUCCUUCAACAGCAGAUUAAUCCAACCCCGGUGCCAUUUGAAGCUUCCAUCUCAUCGAUUGAUACUAGGGAGCAAUCUAUAGACACUGUUGAUUUGGAUGUUCUCAGAGAAGUUGAGACUGUAUCGCUUUACCGUGGCGAACUCUACAGUCUGCAAAAAAUGACUCGCAGGGCACUCCGACUAGCAAAUUGCGAUCCUCGCGGUAUACUAGAUCUCACUCCGAAGAAGAGCUUAUUGGCAUCAUAUGACGCCUCUAUUUACUCAAAACCUAACGGCAUGGGCGACUAUCUGGACUACGAUAUUGCAGUCUAUUAUGCCAGCAAAUACUUUUCUUAUAUCCACCCGACAUUCCCGAUUGUCUCUGAAGCUGUAGUUCAGAGCAUACUAAACAAAGUCACGGUCGGCAGCCAGAGUAAUCUUGGGGACCGCGUUAUGUUCUAUCUCAUCAUUUCUAUUGGGGCCAUUCUUCCGAUAGAGUCGUCAGCCGCCUUUGACACCCGCAACUCGGCCGAUUAUUUCAUACGCGCCAUGGAAGUUCAAUAUUCUUAUGACGAAUCUGCUACCACAGCGCAGAUUCUCCUCCUUCUCGCCAUUUAUUCACUCUUCGACCCCGGCACGGGCAGCUCAUGGCACCUAAUGGAUCUUGUCACGCAAGCUUGCAUUGUUAUGGGAUAUCAUCAGCUCCAACCUGAACCAAGAGGAACCACAGCGGCAGAUGGAGAUGGAGUGAAGCUAUUUCAGGCAGCUUACGUACUCGACUUCUCUAUUAGCUCCGCAUUAGGACUGCCAAUGAGUAUCCAAAACCGAGAUAUUUCCUCCGACUGGGAGGCAUGUAUAGUGAAACCUCCGGACAUCUGUACAUCCGAGUCCGAAGGAUUAAUCCUAGUGGAGAUGUUCAGCUGGGCAUAUGAGCUCUGCGGCAGCUUCCAGAACGAUGUGCUCACGCAGAUGGCAACGUCUGACGUCGAUUCCCGGCAUAACAUCGACUUUCUCGAUGGCAGUGAUCUCUACGAAUUCUGCACGAAUGCUCUAAUAUCCGUCGGCAUGAAUAUUUCCCAUUGA